GAGCCCUUCCUGCUACUGUUCAUCUGGAGCCUCGCGUGAGAACCAGGGACCAGGAAGCAGAGGACAGAAAGGAGAACUAGGCAAGAGGACAUUCUACUGUCUAGAAUGAGACAGAUCCUUCUCCAAUCUGGGCCCUGAUGUGGGCACAGGUGACAGCUGAGCUGAAGAAAUGAUUCCCAGAGUAAUAAGAUUGUGGCUNCCUUCAGCUCUGCUCCUCUCUCAGGUCCCAGGCUGUGUCCCACUGCAUGGCCCCAGUACUGUCACAGGCACUGUGGGGGAAUCGCUCAGUGUGUCGUGUCAAUAUGAGGAGAAAUUCAAGACUAAGAACAAAUUCUGGUGCAGAGUGUCACUGAAGGGACUGUGCAAAGAUAUUGUCAAGACCAGCAGCUCAGAAGAAGCUAGGAAUGGCCGACUGACCAUCAGGGACCAUCCAGACAACCUCACCUUCACAGUGACCUUUGAGAGCCUCACCCUGGAGGAUGCAGACACCUACCUGUGUGUGGUGGAAUUACCAUUUUUCCAUAAGUUUUUCAUGAUUGAGUUGUCUGUGGUUCCAAGUGAGGACCCAGGACCAACACUAGAGACACCUAUGGUGUCCACCAGUCUGCCUACCAAGGGUCCCACCCAAGGAUCCAUCACAGAGGGCCGCCAUGAGCAUGGUCCCGAGGGCUUGAGGCUCCCAGUGCUGCUGUCUGUGUUAGCUCUCCUGCUGUUUCUGUUGUUGGGGACCUCUCUGCUGGCCUGGAGGAUGUUCCAGAAGCGGCUGGUCAAAGCUGAUAGGCAUCCAGAGCUGUCCCAGAACCUCAGACAGGCUUCUGAGCAGAAUGAGUGCCAGUAUGUGAAUUUGCAGCUGCACACGUGGUCUCUGAGGGAAGAGCCGGUGCUACCAAGUCAGGUAGAAGUGGUGGAAUAUAGCACAUUGGCAUUACCCCAGGAAGAGCUUCACUAUUCAUCCGUGGCAUUCAACUCCCAGAGGCAGGAUUCUCACGCCAAUGGGGAUUCUCUUCAUCAACCUCAGGACCAGAAAGCAGAGUACACUGAGAUCCGGAAGCCCAGAAAAGGACUCUCUGACCCUCACCUGUGACUCCAUGUCACUUGAUCCUCUCAAUGGUGACCACCAGGUUCCAAGGCUCCCUGCUGGCUGCUGCCCUCGAUGGAUGUCAUGAGCCUCACUGGCUUCACUAAAGAUGAGCAGGAGCCAGGGCUCUGUGGGCACAGUCUCAUCCCACUGGCUCUCUCCUCCUCUGGGUGUGGAAGACAUAGAUGCUGCUCCUUUGGGGCUCUGGGAAGUGACAUGGUUCGUAUAGAACAGUACUUGUGUUAGUUAGCUUUGUAGUGUCAGUCCAGGAAGAACUGUGGUCACUGGGAACGUGGGGGACCCAUGAGACUACAAAGGAAGGGGAGUCAUGGAGGCACUAAACACCAACUCCUUCAUCUCACAGAGAAAAAAACCUAAGCUCUGAGGACAAAAGCCUGGCCCGUGGCACCAAGGUCAGGGGCAAAUUCCUCUGGACUCAUUUUUAUUUUUAUUUUUUGGUUUUUGAGACAGGGUCUCUCU